AUGUGGAACCAUUGCAGCGACGAGAAGCGGCACGAAAAUGCUUACACUAAAAUUAUUGAGAAGUUGCUUGAAGUGGAUCCGAACGUGACUAUGCUAGCUAUUGCAAACAUGAUGAAGAAGAAAAUCACGAUGCCAAUGCACCUCAUGUACGAUGGCCGAGAUCCGAAUAUAUUUGAGCACUUCUCUGCCAUGUCCCAAAGGCUGGGGAUUUAUACAAGUCGCGAUUAUGCUGAAAUCAUAGAGUUUUUUAUAGCGCGAUGGAAAUUAGAAAAGCUUGAAGGCUUAGAGGGAGAAGCAAGGCGUGCACGGGAUUUUGUGUGCGGACUUCCACCUAAGAUUAGGAGGUUGCAAAACCGAGCAGAUGAGCGAGCCAAGAAAUUAGAGUCGCGUCGAGUGAAGUUUAGCUGGAUUUUCAACAAAGAAGUGAGUGUUUAG